AUGAGCCAGGAACAACCACGAAGGCCAGAGGCCGUCAAGUACGGUGAUCUUUUUCAAGUUUCCGAUGAAUUAGCAUCCAAACCUAUAGCUCCACAAGAUGCCGCCACCAUGCAAGCAGCCGAAAAUAUCGCACUUGGGGAGACUAAGAAGGGUGGUCCAGCUGCCGUCAUGCAAUCAGCCGCCGACGUGAACGAGCGGCUCGGCGCCGUUGGCCAUUACGAUAUGACCAACGUUGUUAGGGAGCAGGGAGCCACCAUAUCCGAAGCUGAAGUCUGUGGGUACCGCAUGGUCACUGAAUCUGUCGGAGGAGAGGUUUUGGGACAGUACCAACGACCAACAGAUGUGAAAAUGAUCCAUCCGGGGGCGGCGCUGGACCCGGAUGCGAUUACUGUAGGAGAAGCACUGGAGGCGGCUGCUCUAUCAGCUGGGAACAAGCCAAUUGAUGAAAGUGACGCUGCCGCAAUACAAGCGGCCGAGACUAGUGCAACCGGGCUCGGCCAUGUUGUGUCUGGUGGUGUAGGAGCAGAAGCUCAGUCCGCCGCGGCGUAUAAUAUUCGAACCACCAGGAAUGAGCAGAAAACCAAGCUUGGCGAUGUUUUGGCAGAUGCAACUGAGAAACUUGUUGAUGACAAGCCGGUGACGAGGGAAGAUGCUGAAGGGGUAAUUAACGCAGAAAUUAGGAACAACCCGGACCUGGCUACGCAUCCAGGUGGUGUCUCCGCCUCUAUGGCGGCUGCUGCAAGGCUUAAUCAAGAGCAGUGA